AUGGCUAGAAAUUUUGAUGAUAUAUUUAAUGAGGUUUUGUAUGGCAAAAGAAGACGGCAAGAUAACACACUCAUAGAUAAUUGGAUCGAUGAGUAUUUACUCGAAGAUUCAGAAGAAGAAGAUAUCGAUAGAUGCCCUAUCCCAAUUACUCGUAGAUGGAUCAACAGAGAUCGAGAAGCAGAACAUGAUCGCCUUUUCCAAGAUUACUUUGCAGAUGAACAGAUGGUUGAUGCAACUGGAAGAAGAGGCUUGUCGCCACUUCAGAAAUGUACCGCUGCGAUACGAAUGUUAGCAUAUGGCGUAGCAGCUGAUGCUAUUGAUGAUUAUGUGUGCAUAGGCGAGAGCACUACAAUUGAAUGUUUGGAAAAAUUUGUUGAAGGUGUCAUUUCCGUGUUCCAGGAUGAAUACUUGCGAAAACCCAAUCCAAAUGACGUACAACGCCUGCUAUAA